AAAAUAACAAAAAAAUAAAAAUCACUUCCGUAGACCAUUUUCUCCACGUUGAUUGCGGCUAACUUCAAGACAGUGAGUAAGCGGGCCUUCAACAAAGCGAAUUGCGAAUGUCGUCCGCAAUUAUUUGAAGAUUAUUUUCUUGAUUGAGCCGUAAAAACCCAAAGCAAAAUUCUGCCAAAAUUGUGCGCGUUCGUGCCCGAUGUCUAGUGCUGAAGUCGCCGAUAAUUCCGUUGAUCCCCCGGCGAAAAAGCGGAAGCUAAAUACAGGAGAGGCGAGUUGCAAAUCCUCAGCAAUGGCGAACAAUGGAACGCGUGUUGAAGAUGAAAUCGACGAGAGUUUGUAUUCGCGGCAACUUUACGUGCUGGGGCACGAUGCCAUGCGGCGCAUGGCCAGCUCCGACGUGCUGAUCUCGGGGCUCGGCGGUUUGGGCGUCGAGGUUGCAAAAAACGUGAUCCUCGGUGGCGUCAAGUCGGUGACCCUGCACGACGACCGCAACUGUACCGUGGCGGACUUGUCGUCUCAAUUUUACCUGUCCGAGGCCACGAUCGGCCAGAACAGGGCUCUGGCUUCGUGCGAGCAGCUCGCUGAACUUAAUCACUACGUGCCGACGACGGCCUAUACGGGGACCUUGGAUGAGGAGUUUUUGAAGAAAUUCAGUGUGGUUGUGUUGACUGGAGCUUCGUGGGCGGAGCAGCAGCGUGUGGCAGCCAUUACUCGCGCGAAUAACGUAGCAUUAGUAAUUGCAGACACUAGAGGGUUGUUUUCGCAGGUGUUCUGUGACUUUGGUGCUGAGUUCAAGGUUCUCGAUGUCAACGGUGAGAACCCCGUGUCGGCGAUGGUAGCUGACAUCAGCCAUGAAUAUGAAGCUGUGGUUACUUGCUUGGAUGACACUCGCCAUGGUCUUCAAGAUGGAGACUAUGUUACGUUCAGUGAGGUGCAAGGCAUGACAGAAUUAAACGGCUGUGAACCCCUCAAAAUCAAAGUACUGGGACCAUUCACCUUCAGUAUUGGAGACACUACCAACUUCUCCAAAUACCAAAGAGGUGGCAUCGUCACACAAGUUAAGAUGCCCAAGAUAUUAAACUUCAAACCUUUAAAUGAAUCUAUCAAGAACCCAGAGUUUUUGAUCACCGAUUUUGCUAAAAUGGACUACCCGCAACAGCUUCAUGUUGGAUUUUUGGCUUUACACAAGUUUAAGGAUGCGGAGGGACGUUUACCCAAGCCUUGGUGUGAUGAGGACGUUGUCAAGUUCAUGGAACAUGUGAAGAAUAUUGUGGAAGGGGAGGAGCUGUUCAAGAAAGGGGAGUUUGAAGCCAACAAGGAGCUCUUGGAGACAUUCUGCAAGGUGUCAGCGGGAGACCUAAACCCAAUGAACGCAGCGAUCGGAGGAGUAAUCGCCCAGGAAGUGAUGAAGGCCUGCUCCGGAAAGUUCCACCCCCUCGUCCAAUGGCUGUACCUGGAUGCUAUUGAGUGUUUGCCCAAGGACCGUUCCGCUCUCAAUGAAGAGAACUGCAAGCCCACAGGGUCCAGAUAUGAUGGUCAGAUUGCUGUCUUCGGCAAACAUUUCCAGAAGAGGAUUGGCGAGCUGAAGUACUUUAUUGUUGGUGCCGGCGCCAUUGGUUGCGAACUUCUCAAGAACUUCGCGAUGAUGGGAGUAGGAGCCGAUGGAGGUCAGGUCACAGUCACCGACAUGGAUCUGAUAGAGAAGUCCAACCUCAACCGACAGUUCCUCUUCCGGCCGCGCGACGUGCAGAAACCCAAGUCCAGCACUGCUGCCAAGGCAAUCAAAGUGAUGAAUCCAUCAAUGAACGUGGUGGCUCAAGAGAACAGAGUAUGCCCGGAGACAGAGGCUGUAUACGAUGAUGCGUUCUUCGAGGCUCUGGAUGGAGUGGCCAACGCGUUGGACAACGUUGACGCGCGCAUAUACAUGGACCGACGCUGCGUGUACUACAGGAAGCCACUGUUGGAGAGUGGCACUUUGGGGACUAAGGGCAACACGCAGGUGGUAGUCCCCUUCUUGACCGAAUCCUACAGCUCAUCCCAGGAUCCACCAGAGAGGAGCAUCCCCAUCUGCACCCUCAAAAACUUCCCCAAUGCGAUAGAGCACACCCUACAGUGGGCCAGAGACGAGUUCGAGGGUCUGUUCCGCCAGGCCGCGGAGCACGCUGCGCAGUAUCUCACAGACCCACACUUCCUGGACAGGACCAUGCGUCUGCCGGGAAGCCAACCUUUGGACGUCCUGGAAAGUGUCAGGAACGCGAUCACCGAACGACCGCUAAACUUCGACGACUGUGUGACCUGGGCGCGCAUGCACUGGGAAGCACAAUACUGCAAUCAAAUCAAGCAGCUUCUCUAUAACUUCCCUCCAGACCAGCUCAACACCAGCGGGGUUCCCUUCUGGUCAGGGCCUAAGAGGUGCCCGUCCCCACUGGAGUUCGACCCUGAGGAUGAACUGCAUCUGGACUACAUAGUGGCUGCUGCAAACCUCAGAGCUCAGGUGUAUGGAAUACCCCCCUGUGUAGACCGGGAGAGGAUCGCCAAAGUCGCUACGAGCGUUCAGGUGCCAAGAUUCAUACCAAGAUCCGGUGUGAAGAUAGCAGUCACCGAUGCUCAAUUACAACAGAACAAUGACGAAAUGGACCAGAACCGAGUCAAGAAUAUCGUGGCCGACCUGCCUCCACCCAGCAAGUUGGGUAACCUGAAGAUCACUCCGUUGGAGUUUGAGAAGGACGAUGAUUCUAAUUUCCACAUGGACUUCAUUGUGGCAGCUUCUAACUUAAGAGCCACAAAUUAUAAGAUACCUCCUGCGGACAGACAUCAGUCCAAACUCAUUGCUGGAAAAAUCAUCCCAGCCAUCGCUACCACCACCUCAGUUGUUGCCGGCCUGGUGUGCCUCGAGCUUUACAAACUCGCUCAAGGCUUCAACACUUUGGAUGUCUUCAAAAAUGGUUUCGUCAACCUAGCUUUACCAUUCUUUGGUUUCUCUGAACCAAUUGCAGCCCCGACUAACGUUUAUUAUGACAAGAAAUGGACCCUCUGGGACAGAUUUGAAAUCAAAGGAGAGAUUACGCUACAGGAAUUCAUAGAUUACUUCAAGAAUGAACACAAACUCGAAAUUACGAUGUUGUCUCAAGGAGUAUGUAUGUUGUUUUCAUUCUUCAUGCCCCCAAACAAACGUCAGGAGCGCCUCAACUUGCCAAUGUCGGAAGUGGUGACUAGAGUAUCCAAGAAGAAGUUAGAACCACAUGUGAAAGCUCUAGUGUUCGAACUGUGCUGCAAUGACAUAGACAAAAUCGACGUAGAGGUUCCUUACGUCAAGUAUACUCUGCCUUAACAGAAAUUUCUAGAAAAAAAACAACAAAAAAAAUAAACAUCGUCAGAGCCGAAGUUAUUAAUUUACGUCGACGCACGCGCCGGCGGGUUUUUGUGGCAUUUAAAUGCAUAAUAGCGAUGUUUUACACGAAUUUCACUUACGGAGGGUAUUUUUAAAAAUUCAAUAAGUUUGUCGACGCGAGUAGUUAUAGAUGUUUUAUACGUGCUCGUGAGCCCGCGAGCGGCGACUGUACAGUGAUAUGAUAGUGUUAACCGCGUGAAGAGUUCUUUAUUUUGUGCUUCACACACGCUUUUAUUGUCUACUGAUAAUUAUUAUAUGGUAUUUUAGCGUUUAAACUAUACUGAUAUCCAUUAUAAAUAUUAAUAUUUAACAACUACACUCACGGGAUUAGUCGGAGUAUACCCGACUGUACUUUAUCCACGGAAACAAGUUAGUAUAGCGCUCUCUCUGUUACCUAAUCCCAUACAAAUGAUAGAGGCAAAAAUCUUAGUGGGCGCUAACCAUUUUGGGCCACCAACAAAUCAAAAACGAAACUGUUUUCCAAUUCAAUUUCAAAUGUUUUUUUGAAAACAUUUUCGAAUUGAAUUUCGAAUGUGAUUGGUUGGUGUCUCAAAGUGGUUUUCCCACUGAGAUUUUUGUGUCUAUCGUUUGUAGAGAGAGAGAAAAAGAGCUCCCUAGAAAGAAGUUAGUAACUUCUUACCAGGGAAUACUCUUUACGUAUAGAGUAUAGUUGGGCAUACUCCGACUAAUCACAUGAGUCUAAUUGUUUAGAUAUUUAUAUUUGUAAUGAUAUGGUAUAUUUCGUAUAUUUAUGGUAGUAUAAUUAUUGUCUGCUCACGUGCCGCCACGGAGUGCGCCAUUUAGAUUAUUUUUUUCGCGAUUCUUACAUACAAUUAUGGAAGUGUCUUAACGACCACAAGUGGUUGUUUGACAUUAAAAAAUACCAGGCCACAAGAGGUUGUUUGUUUAAAAAAAUAUCCAACCAUUAAGAUUACUAUUGUUUUCAAAAUUUGUUCCUUAAUGCAAACAGAUAAGGUUCAAUUUUUGAAACAUAAUAGUCGAACAAUAGAUAAUAAAAUCUGCGUACAUCAAAAUGUCUUACAAUCUAGAGUUAAAAUAUUACAGCUUUACUUUUAAAUGUUAAUGUCAAAAUGGAGGCAGAUUUAAUUUAAGUCCAAAAUUGCGGCUAAUGAACUGUUACAUGGCCAGUAUUA